CUCACUGCUGCCAGAGGUCAAGGAGUUCUUCCUGGAAGCAGCACAGCAAAACUCGGACAGCAUUGACCCGGAUUUACAGACAGGCCUUGGGGUGCUCUACAACCUCACCGGCGAGUUUAACAAAGCUGUAGAGGCUUUCAAUACAGCCCUGUCAGUGCGGCCUGAAGACUAUUUGUUAUGGAAUCGCCUUGGCGCUACUCUAGCAAAUGGGGAUCGUAGUGAAGAGGCAGUGGAGGCAUACACUCGAGCCCUCGAGCUACAUCCAGGGUUUAUCAGGUCCCGCUAUAAUCUGGGCAUCAGCUGCAUUAACCUUGGGGCUCACAGGGAGGCAGCCAGUAACUUCCUGACAGCUUUAAGUCUCCAGAGGAAGAGCCAGAGUGGCCAGCAGUCCAAUCAGGUGAUGUCUGGUAACAUCUGGGCAGCUCUGAGGAUAGCUUUAUCCAUGAUGGACCAACCUGAACUCUUUCAGGCUGCAAACAUUGGCGACCUGGAUCUCCUGAUACGGGCCUUUAACUUGGACAUUUGAGAAAUCAAUGGAAGCGAUGUUUGGGUGCGCUCCAUCUUUUAUCCUUUGAUAUCCAGCCAAAAGCCCAAAGUGCAUGUGUUUGAGUCAACACCCAAGCAUGUGUUCAGUUUCUACACUUCAAAAUUAACUAAAAAGGUCAAAUUAUUUUUCCUGCUCUAAAUUUCUUCUGAGCAGUUCAGAGGGCCGGCUCUUCCAAGGAUUUGAAUAGACUGCUUAGUGAUUGAAUUUGCACUGCAAUUUGUGAUUUCCCUAAAGAGCACAAGGACGGGCAAAGAUUGUACGAGCAAUGCCUUAGAGGACGCAUCAAUUAAAAACUGACUCAUGCAGUGGAACUGAGGUGAGCCAGGAGUGACAGUCAGAUUUAAGACUCCCUCAGAGCAACCCUCACAAGCCAUUUGCAGCAGAGAAGAAGAGGCUUUUUCAGUGGAAGAACUGUUGACUCAGGACUGUCUGUAUCUCUAUCUGACAGAUGGAUCCAGUCAGGGAACAAUAAAGGCUGCACCCUGUAACCCGAAGCUUCAGUUUGUCUUCCUGGCUUCAGCUCAACCUCUGUCAAUUGUGACAUAGUGUUCUGCAAAAAAAAUAAAUAAAUAAAAUAAUAAUAAUUACUAGAAACCGAUAGAUCCAAAAGACUUAUAGAAGUUUUCCCUUUGCACUUUUAGAUAACUUACUCUGAGUGGAAUGCGCAGUUGUAAAGCCUUACUAGGAUGCAUGUGUCCAACCUUAUUUAUUUACAAUAUUUUUACGGCAACAAGGAAGAAAAUAUAUCUAAGCCAUUUUCAGACCAGAUUAAGAUUUCCUAGCCAAAAGCUGAUCUUAUAACCAGUGAGAUUUCCAAUCAGCUAAUAUUAGUUUGGUUGUAUCUAUAUUUAUGCAGUUUGUGUGUAAUAUUUCUUUCCUUAAUGCUGACUGGCUACAGGAAUGUGCACAAUGAGCGGGUUAAUGAUUAUUUAAAUAGUGUUUUUGAACUUCUCUCAGAGGGAAAAGUGAUUAUAUUUCUAAAAAUAUAUCUCUUCUCAGAAGCCCCAACAAAGAAAAGCCUAAUUCCUAUUUAUGCUGACUGUAUUCAUUUUUAGAGCUCAUAUUUACAUCAGAUGAAAAGAGGUGCAUUCACAGGCCAAGGACUGAGACAGCAGCUUGAUGAAUUUAUUUAAUUCAGUCAUUUGUAUCUCUGCUGCUCCCCCACCAGCAGUGAGGCUCAUUCAUUUCAUUUAAUCAUUUACCCUCAGCCGACAUGCAAUAUUUAUGGAGCACUGCUUAAACUGUUGCACAGAUUUGUUUGUUUGCUUUUACAUUAAUAUGCAUCCACAAAAAGAAAAAAAUGAUAUUAUGAAUGAGUUAAUGUUAUUCAUACUACCUAAUAAAUAUUAAACAAUGCAGUGAAGCUCCUGCUUAUGAUAAAAUGCUUUUCAGCACCUCAGAGUAUUUUCUAUAAAUGUGUUUUUUAUUUUUUAUAUUUUAGUCUGCAUAUUUCGAAAGUAAGGUGAGCUUCAUGCAGUUUGCCGUGCAGUAGACUGAACUGCUCACUUUAGUGUCUAUCAGCCAUGUCCACAGUCUGGGUGUGCUGCAGAAAGCUUUUUGUUUUUUUUGUCAGCUUCUAUGCAAAAGGUCAUGUUUCAUGUUUGUCCCCAUCUGCCUCAGUGGACCAAAGGGAAGUGUUGAUUCUGUGUUUUGAAUGAAUGCUAUCAGCGGGGACCAGAGACCAGCACCAGAACCAUUCAUCUUCCAAACAGUGCAGCUGGGAUGACACACUUUGUGUUAGAAGGAGUGUUUUAUCAGGCGGCUGAGCGAGAACAAACAUGAACCAGCUGAAGUGCAGCAUUGACACUCUGUCAUAUGGCAUUGCAUAUGUGGCUGCAGCUGCACACACAGAAUUCACAGCUGUACACAUUUUUCUUCUAACAGUUUUCAGCUCGUUUUUGUCUUUGUUUGCAGAGGUCUUCAUAUCUGUCGCAUUGCAGCUGCAACUUUGAUUGUGUUUUAUUGGAAUUAUAUGUUGCACCAUAAAAACAUGUAUUUAUGUCCUUUUUUUUUAUUAAAUCAGAAAAUAGUAAUUAGAAUGUGUUCCCAGUGCCCUGAAGUCAACCAGGUUUCUAUGUGUAACCAUCUUUUGGCAUUUUCUUUUUGCCAGCUUAAUAUUUGCUAGAGAUUGAGCUUUCUUACAAUUUUCCUUAGCAAAAUAGCUCAGGAUCAACCUGGUUGAAUGAAGAGCAUCUGUAAAAAGCAACUUUAAGUCUUGCAAGAGGUGGGUUUGGUCUUUAACUAGGCCAUUCUGGUGCAGAACUGUGUAAACCCAGUCCACUGUAGCUGUUGUGGUAUUUUUACCAUGAUCUGUUUUUAGGAUUGCCUUGUAUUAAGGUCCUAUUCACUCCGUAGAAACCUCCUCAUAUCCUGAUGCUAACAGCUGCUUUUUUUUUUAGCAGGAUUAGUUUAAAAGUAUUGGGGUUUUAUUGCAUGUUGAAUAUCUUCCUCCAGGUUUUUCAGUUGCUCUCAACAUGUGACUUCCUGUGUCUUUCUUUCAGUGUGACUUUCAUUGUUGAAACUCCUCAGUAUGGGCCAGAUUGAGGGCAUCACUAAUACUUGUGGCAGUAACAGACUCUCCAACCUGAGCAAGGAAUCUCUUGCUCCUCUAGAAUCAUAAGGGAUGCUUAUGAUUGCUGCUUCUAAUGCUAAUGCUCUUCUUAUUUGGCCCAUUAGGUAGAUUACCAUUCCUUGGUAGCUUUGCAGUUCUGCCAAACUCUUUUACUUUUUGGAUGAUGUAAUGAGCAGGGCUCCACAAGAUGUUCUAAACUUAUUUAUAACCUAAGCCUGCUUUGAAUAUUUUUACCUCACCCCUGAUCUUCAAGGCCUACACAGAGCAGGUAAACGCUAUUUAGUGAUUUGGUAACUUUGCAAGCAAACUGGUUGCACUGGAUUAUUUCAGGUACAGUGUACUGAAGGCUUCGUGCCUUUUUUUUGUGAUCUGAAUUUGUGGAGAAAUAAAACCACAUGUUCUGUUUAUUAUUCUUCACCAACAGUACUAUGCGUUGUGUUAUAAAAUCAGCAUUAAAUUCAGUGAACUUUGUGGUUAUAGUGUACUUUUCAAGAAGUAUGAAUAUUUUUGCAAGCCACUGUUGUCAUUACCACUUAAAGACCAUUCAGAUUUCAUGCAAAAAGAAAAAAAUAUAUCUAUUACAAAAUGUUCAUGGGCCAACAAAGGUUGUUUUUGUUUUAUUUUUUUAAUCAGGAAAUCACUAUAGUUGGAUAAUGCUAAACUUCUCUCUCCCUAUCUGGAUUCAUAUCAAAUAAAACUCAAAGGUUUUGAAGCCUUUGGAUUUAAUGUUGCAUGUUUUAUACUGUACUUGACACAGGUAUUGCAGCAGUCUUUUUUUGGGAGCACACUAACUGCUAGGUUUCUAAAUGCCAGUUCUGUUAACACAGGUUAUUACUAUUGUGACAGGUGUCUGGUUUAUUUUAGAUCAUCUAGUGUUUGUUUCUACAUUAAGGUUACCUACUAACUGCAGCAGUUAAGAAGAUCAUUAGCAGUUACUAGUGCACUACAAAACUAUAUACAUGUACUACUGUUAUUAGUUUUCUUUUUAUCGCUGUUUCAUGCAACUUUCUUUUGCUUCUAAAAUCAUCCACAAACUGAAUUAUUCUCACUGAAUUCUCCUAAACAGCCUGAAAUGUUACACAUUUUCUUUAUUUAGAGCCUCUCUUCCUUCAUUCAUUCAAUUCAUCAUGAGAUAAAUUUACCUAGUGCUUUAUUAGAUAAGUUUGGUACAGCCUGCUUAUGAAUCAAAAAAACACUUCCAGCCUUUGGACCAUUUUGUCAAAAGAGCUAAUGGUUUAUACACAGAGAAAAUGAUUCUUUAAAUUAAUUCUACUGUUUUUUUUUUAUUACUAUUAUUUAUUUUAAUAUAUGAACUUGUAAGUUACCUUACUAUAAAAUAAUAUACAGGUCUAGGGAUGUGCACGUGAAGAGAAAGGUUCAUGUUGCAAGUUCUCCCUGGGAAAUUAUCCAAAAGGAUCACAGAUGUCAUUGGCUAGCUUUAGUUGCCUUUUUUAUCUGGAUAUAUUGUAUAUAAAAAAAGAAAGUAUACACUUCCAGCACUCAAAUGAAAUGUUUUCACUGGUGAUUCUAUCGACAUGCAUCAACUAACAUUGUGGUUGUUGAACAGAGAAUAGAGUUCUAGACAGUCCUCUGUCCACCUUCAUACCAUGUCUGAUAUUUAAUAACUUUUAGUUACUUUAUGCAAAGGGAAACCAUUUUCUUUAUAAUUAUUUUAUAACCACUACCUGUUUCUGUUUGUCAUAUUUGUUGACAAAAACUGUUAAAAAAACAUGAGGUCUAUAGUGUUUUUGUUGGUUUUCAGAUCUGUUCUAAAUUUCUUUUUGGUUUUUUUCUUUCUAGGUUUUCACUUUUUGAUCCUGUAAAUUAAGUUUGUAAAAACUAACUAUGUUCUCAGGUGAACUGAAGUAGCAUAGCGCAUGCUCCUGAGGGAAAUCAUCAGGCUGAUAGCAUGUUAGUUAUGGCACAGAAUUAUACUUCAUUUUAAUGCAUGUAAAUCCUCACUUUUGCUAUCACUAAUAUAUAUAUAUAUAAAAAACAUCUUCAACACAUGAGGAGGUUCCCUUUCAAUAUUUCUACAGUGUACUGCAACUUUAUCAUUAAAACAAUAUUUAUAUAUUUAGUAUUUAUUAAACACAAGGUAUGGUUUGUGGCAUAAAAGAUAAACUGUGCAGGGUGCAUUUGGGACCAAAAAAACAAUGAGAAUAAAGAAAACAAUUCAGCUUUAUUUAAAAAAUAUUAAAUAUGGUAGUGAUCAUAGAGAUCACCUUCUCUUUUAAAUUAUAAUACUGAUAAAAAGCUGGAAGUGGUUGUGUUUACCACUUGCUAUUUAGUUUUCACUGACAUUUUCCUAUCUUGCUAUGUUUGCUAGCAUAACUAAAACUCUUAUUUUCUUUAUAUGAAGUUUGCAUGUUGUUUAUUAGCUGCCCCCAUUUUGUAUAGUGCAAGCUUUUUGGGGACAAAGGGUGUAAUUCACUAUUGAACUGAUGUCAGUUUCUGUUUUUGUUGCUGAUUUUCUCCUUUUUUUUCCUACUUAUUGCCUGUAUGCAGUAUAUGAUUGAGCCCAAGUGCUAAAAAAUAACUACUGACUGAAUUUGACCUUAACAGAAGUCAUACGUCAGCUGUUGGAGCCACUUGAACCCUUUAUGCAUGGUGUAGCAUAAGUUCCACAUGUUAUUGUUUCAUUGCUGCAACAUUUGGGUUGUAUUUGUGUUAAUGUUGUAGCAGUAGUGCCUAUGCCUGAUGUAUACGGAUGACAUUUCGAAGUUGGAAUGCUCUUGUAAAAACUCGAGAGCAAAUCAAAUUUAACAUUAGUGUAUCAGUUGAGAAGAAAGGAACAUUUUAAACCCAAUGUUUGAAAAAGUAAAGGCAGGGAUUCAGCAGUAGGAUGGUUAUAGGGAAUGUAAUUGUUCUAAAUGUAAAGUAUUUCUAACCAAUUCAUUGAAACUAUUUAAAAUAGCUGCUUAUAUUUAAAACUAUAACCAUUUUUUUCUGGAAUACAAUUUGACUUAAAAAUAGUACUUUCAAAUACCUUAUAAUAAUUGUUUUCAUUUAAAGCGCAAAACUUCUUACAAGACUGGUUACUUUAAAAACAAAUUGACAAAAAAAAUAGAUUGAAUCCAAAAAGAUUUUUUUUAUUACAUUAUACAUUUUCUUUGAUUUUUUUUUUUAAGACUCUGUGGUAUUUCAUGUCUCCAAAAAUGGUUAGAACACAUUUGGAUGCUUGCAGAUGUAAUAAUAUAUAUGCUGGCGUUGUUGCUGCGUAACUUUAUAGCAUUUAAAACACUUUUUAAAGCUGCUUAUAGGUCGGGGCUCAAGAAUAUCAUUAAUCCCCACUGUUUACAGUUGUUUUUUUGUUUAUGGCAAAAUGUAUAGAAACUGUGUAUUUUAGCUAAUUUGAUAGAAGCAUCCCACAUGAAUGAAUAAAACUAUAUUUUGAUGAAUGAAACUAGAAUUGAUAUACUUUCUAUACGUCCAAAUAUUUAUUGAGUCACAUAAUCUAAUUCUUAUUACUCGACUUGUAUAAUCACAAGAAAAGCUUUAGCAACUUUAAAUUAAGAAGUUA